AUGAGACUCAAAUCUCUCGCGAUUCUCCUCAUAAUCCUCCCAAUUCUGGUGGCUUCUAUCCAAGUCUCCACCGCGUUGGGUGGCAGGAAGGGCGGCCUCGUUGGCGGUUGGCGUCCAAUCGAGAACCUUAAUGAUCCUAAUGUGCAAAAAAUCGCGAAAUACGCGGUGCAGGAGCAUAACAAGCAGGCCAAAUCAAAAUUGCAAUUUCUAAGUGUGGUCAAGGGAGAAACCCAAGUUGUUUCUGGUACCAAUUACAAGCUGGUUAUCUCCGCCAAGAAUGGGGCGGUGCCGCACAAUUAUCAGGCGAUUGUUUGGGAGAAGCCAUGGGAGAAAUUCAGGAAACUCACUUCCUUCGAAGAAUUGAAAGGUUAA